AUGUCUGAUCCAAUUCCAUCCGCAACUGCUGACCCAGAAGCCAUCGAGAAAAACCUCCCUUCAAACGCCGAAGACCGCAAAGCCGCCGCCGCUCUCUCCUCCCUCAACCCAAAUGAAAUCGCAACGGAAGAUGCCUCCGCUAGAGCACCGCUUUCUGCAAACCAAGAGGCACUGGGGAAGGCUAUGAGUCGGCUCGAGAUAGCUUCUGGACAAGAUUUGGGCAACAAAAAAGCGGCUGAGGGACUGAAGACUGAUGGGGUGGUGAAAAAGAAGAUAGUUAAGGUUGCUCCAGCUGAUGUUGCACUGUUGGUUGACCAGCUGGAUUUGAAUAAAAUCAAGGCUACGGAGUUGCUCAAAGCCCAUGAUGGGGAUGCCAUCAAGGCGAUGAAGGCAUUCAUUGCCCCGUCUAUUCGGGCUUGA